AUGGGGAGGGAGAGGGAGGAGGAGAAGGAGGAGGAGGCGGAGGAGGAGGGGUGGAGGUGGUGGUGGAAGAGGAGAGAUUCCCAUAAGGACUGGGUGGUUCAUCAUGUGUCGGGGCAUCAUUUUAAGAUAAGGUCGUGGCUGAGUGGAGAUGGGAUGAUUGAUGUGUUUCGCUGUGAUCCGUGCGCCUGCACUUCUUUGCACAUCUGA